CGGCGCUCGUACCCGAGCCGGAGCCUGACUCGCUCUCUCUAUCUGAUUCGCGCGCGCUCGCUCUUUUUUUGACAACGCACCUCGGCACACGAAUGUUAGUCGAUAACAUUGCCCAAAAAAAAAAAAGCUGAAAAAUGUACGUGAAAUUUAAGCUUAGUCAAUCAUGAUCAAAUCGCCGAUCAAUAUGGAGUAAAGUACAAAGGAGAAUAACCGAUAUUUGCAUGCACCUAAAUGCAUUAUUCAGUGAGCUGAAAUGAAGGAAAAGUGCGGUGUGUGUUGACUUAGAUUUUGAAAUGUUACCCAGAAGACUAUCGAACGAUCGAUUGACAAUGGCCUAGCGCGCGAGUUUGCGAUCGAGAGAGAGAGGGAGAGAGAGAGAGAGAGAGCUAGUGCCUAGGAAGCUAAAAAGUGAGAAGGGAACAGUGCAAACAUACGUACAAAGCGUGUGAAGCUAGCAAAUCAGCGCGUGUGAUAUGGUGAAGGAGACUACACAAUGCAACUGCUGACCUUGAACUCACUUCUGAUGUUCGACCUGGUCUUCCUGUUCUUCCUAUUUCUCGUUGGCGUCUCCUGUCUGGCAUACUACCUGCCCGGCUCGCGGCUCCAGACGGUCGCUCCUCACGAGAUCAUCAAGGCUAAAAUUGCGCAGCGUACCGAUGCUCCUAUCGAAGAUGUUUAAGAAUGCCAAUGAAGACCGUUGGCGACGCCGGCUUAGGAGUCGUUGCGGGAGAUGUCCUUGCUCUGAGAGGAACAGGAUUGGCAGCAGCAGAAACUUGGGCUCUUUUGUGCCAAGCUGCCCAGGCCCUCCAAGAUCUUUUUUUAUCAAAUGGAGGAGUGGUCGGGGGGGACUCGAGGGCGGGGCCCGUGGUCACUCCGCAUACCCUUAGGCUGACUUCGCGCGGCCGGGUGACAUUGCUUCAGGCGCCACCGGACACCGCCAGGGCCUACUUGCCACCCGAAUAUCGGCCCGGCCGCAUCUACUCUGACACCGACUCCGAAAAGAUGUGGAUGUACUCGCUGGGCAGGGCUCUGCUGGAUACGACGCCCCGAAUGACAGCGUUGACGGGCACAGUUUCCGUCUCGCCGACGUCCGCCCUGCAGUCCGUUCUCGCUGCUAUGACCGAGCCUGAUCCCCGACGACGUGCUUCGCUGAUGAAUCUCCUCGACGUGAUCUCCGAGUACUGCAGGACGAGGUUACAAUCGCGCCCGUUCACCCACAUCGUCAUGGAUAUGUAUCGAGAAGUGGUACGCUCCACGCAGUACGCCGCUCGGAAACGAGCGGUCCAACAGCCCACUAGGAGUUUACCAUGCGCUCCAGUCGCUCAACAACAACAACAACAACAACAACAUCAGCAACAGCAACAGCAACAGCAGCAGCAGCAGCUGCAGCAGCAGCAGCAGCAACCACAACAUCAUCCACAUCCACUGGGUGCAAACGCUGUACCAGCACGACAAAAUCCACCACCGGCACAGUCGAAGAGCCGAGCAAACAAGGGCGCACUCUUUCGCGCGCAGUCAAGAAACUCCAGAUCGCAGCCGAAUUUGCUGAGCAUGGCGGCAGGACCGAGAAGUAACGCCGACGGUGCCAGCUAUUACGUCAUCGACGCGCGCAACCUUCAUCAGAGAACCAACUCCCAGCCCGAAUGCUGCUUUGAGCCAGCAGGAAAAGGGGGAGGAGUCGGCACGACGCUGCCGCAGGUGAGGAGCAGUGGCGACCUAGCGACAAUGGGCGACGCACGGAAUGCAAACAAUCCGUGCUACGUAGACCCGGUGUACGUGAUGCCGAUGAAGCCGUUCCUCAGCUCGCAAGACAUACGCAAUGGCGCGGCAGCCCGGAACUAUGGCGGGAACGCCACCGCCACUGCUGCCACCGUCGGCCUCACCGUGCUCACGCCGGCAACAUCCUCGCAGCCCAGUAUUGUUGCUACCGAACUGCAUGCGCACAAUCCCAAGGAGGAGCUGUACGCGACGUCGACGAAGAAGAGCAAUAAUAAUCCAGGGAUGGUGGUGGGUCUGCAACGACAGCACUCCAGUCCGCAAUUCGCUUCGAUUCGUUACGGCCCCGAGCAAAAACAAGCUUGGGAGUUCGGCAGCAGCAGCAGGCCGCUCGUGGAAUCCGCCAGUGCCGAGGCGGCGCGACAACCACAACGCCAGCAGCUAACCGCCGAGCUGCAAAAGCAGAACGACCCCGAGAGGCAGCAGAUGCCCUACGUACCGAGGGGACCGCCACCACCGAAACCACCCCGGAUAAUCACCAGUCUCAAGAAGGCCGCCGCUGCUCAGGCAGCCCUCGAUGCCGCCGAGCUCAAGGCGAACGUCAAACCGCUAAGUAAUGACUUGAAAAAUGGACCUAGAGCGCGGAGAGGUCGCGCAGUUCAGAGAGCUCCAUCACGUCUCUACAGAGCUGUAAAUGGCCCAGCACGCUCGUUCAAUAAAACACAAUGUGUGGGACCUGAAUUUGUCGUUCGGGCUAAUCAACCAGCAAAGUUAUUGACUGUCGGUGAUUUCAAGAUGAACAACAUCGGGCGGUUAACUGUGAUUCACUUGAACGGACAACGUCUAGAAGUUACCUGCGACCUACAGAAAGUCACCGCUGGAGAACUCUUCCAAACAAUAGUCCAAACAGAAGGUCUCGAGGAAAAUUUUACAUUGGGAUUAGCGGUUUUAUUAGCUGGAGACUUUGCGAUAUUACCACCCGAUACCAAGCUGAAUAAAGUUGCACCCUCUGGUUGGGUAAAUAGUAACAAGAGCAAAGGCGUGCUGGUAAUUCCAACGAGUUUUAUGCUCUACUUAAGGCAUCGCUUUUUCUUACCAUCUCUUCGAGGAUUAAGAAGUUGGAUAUCGAAACAUUUGCUAUACCUGCAAAUUCGCCGCUGCAUACUGGAGCAGCAGUUGGUCUGUCCUUUGGCACAGCUGAUAAACUUGACCGGUCUCGCUCUUCAAGCAGAGUUUGGCAACUACAAUGCAAACGAGCACGGCGCCAGUGAUUACUUUCUGCUGGAGCACUACGUGCCGGAAUCACUGAUCCUGAAUUCGGAGGAGCAACAGUACCGACAUCCACAUCUGCCGGACAGUGGUGAGGCGCUACGCAAACGACUACAGCAGGCGCACCGCGAGAGACGGGGACUCGAUGCCACCAAAGCCGAGGAGAUGUUCAUCACUCAUGCGCAAUCGCUGCCGGAUUACGGGGCGCACUAUUAUGUGGCUACCGUCGAUGCCAAGGAACUUGGCAAGAUCGUCGCCCGGAUGAAAAAGUUCGCAGAUAAAAACCAACAGCAGGAUGGGGAACAACAGCAGCAGCGUCAACAGGAGCAAUACGUUGACGAGAAUAUCUACGAUAUCGACAAGUGCUCGGACUAUCCCAUUUACGGAAAAAUCGAUUUCAACGGGUCGGAAACGCGUGAGCAAAAUUUCCAAAGAAGUGCCUACACGGACGAGCAGAAGAUAAUGUUAUCCAAGAGCCCAUCAAACGCCGGAGAUGACGUAUAUGCGUCGUCACUGAAAAAAUCUCUGGAUGCCUGCUGCAACCACACCGGCCUCGGCAAUAACAACAAAAGUGCGAACGGCAAAACGAGCAAAUUCAAGAAGAGCGACAGCGACGUCUGGCUGGCCAUUCACUCGCAGGGCCUCAAAGUACUCGAGCGCGGCCCCAGGCUGCGCGAGAGAGUGGAACUCGCCAAAUUCCUCUGGAAGGACAUUCAAACUUUAAGUUAUGGCAAGAACUGCUUAGUAGUCUAUACGAGAAUCGCCGGCAAACGCUGCAAGUUCAAGCUUAGGAUGGAUCAUCGAAAAAGCUACUACGCCUUCAAACUAACGUCAUUGCAUCACCAGUUUUUCCUAAAGCUUCGCUCGGAGCUCACGUCAUUACAAGGUUUGGCAAAAGACUUCGGGGUACCUUUGAUCAUCGAGCCGAACUCGCCCCAGUCGAAAAUGCGACCGGCGAGCAGCAAAACAAAAAUUUCCAUAGCGGACGCGCUGAAGAAACAGCCGGCCGUCCAACAGCAGCAAGCUUCGUUGCUGGAAGAGCAGCAGAACAAAGAGAACGAGAACCCAUUAAAGGAUCCGGUGGAUGAAAAGCAAGCGAGCGAAGAAAGUAGCAGCGUGCUGUAUGCGCAAGUUAACGCGCGGCUCGAGCCCGAAGGCGAAUCCCGCGACACCGAAGACGAGGCGGACCGUGCUUUGAUUAUAAACAGAAAGAUCUUAACGUCGCCGAGCGCCAACGCGUUGCAAAUGCUCGACUGUCCGGAGAACGCUAGAUUGUACAACUAUGCCAACAUCGGCAUCCCUCAUGCCGACGACAAGGAGGAAUACGUCUACACCAUUCCGAAGCCCUUAUCUACCAGUGAUAUCGAUCGGCUUAACGAAAAAAUUCCAAACCCCGAGGAUUUGUACGUGGCAAUCAAUAAGUCCGGCUUGCCCAAAAAAUCCGAAUUUACAGUGCCUGAGUACGUGGAGCAGUGGAGCGACUGUGAAGCUCAAAAGAUUUUGAAUACGGUAAAAGCGACGAGCAUACCGUCGAACUACAGUGUCACGCGGCUAAAAAAAAAUAACGAAAUACCCGCCAAGCCUCGUCGCGCAGACGUGAAAACGGGACACCGAGCGCCCUACAGUAGUAGCAUGGUGCAGCGAAAUCCCAGCCUUACCGACGACCUCGAAUUGCUCUCUCUCAAAUCUGAUUCAGCGUCGAUAUGCACGACGUCACCGAAACCGACUGGAUCUCCUAUUCCCGAAGCAUACGUGCUCAAUGCGGAUAUUCGAACGGACGAGGAAACCUUUCGAAUACCGGACGAUACCAUGUCAAAUUCUUUGAUGGCAAGGCUGGAUGAGCUUUCUUUCGCUGAAGAAAGAAUAUUACGUACUAUAAAAUUAGAGCGAGGUCACGGAGGCAGCAUUGGACUACAAGUCAUGGAGGGUAACGACGGAGGAGUAUACGUGCAAGCAGUUUCUGUCGGAGGGUCUGCCGAUAUGGCCGGGAACGUGAAUAAAGGUGAUAGAAUAGUAGCAAUAAAUGGGCAAAAUUUGUUAAAUUUCCGAUACGAGGAUGCGUUAAAAAUGUUGCAAAGCUCGUCUGAGACUGUGGAACUUGUUUUGUCACAAUUGGUACCAUUACUCGACAAUGACGAUGAUCACAGCCAAGAACCUAUUGAAAAUAAUUAUUUACAGACGAUACGCUUCAACGUUUCCUCGGAGACAGAAAGUUCCGCAAUGAUGUCUUCCAAGUGGCUCCAGAAAACUAUCGACGUUGCUUCUGUUCAAAAUACGUCGAGCGCUUAUAGCAGUGCAGCGUCUAGUGCAAUGGGCAAUCACAAUGUUAACAGUCUUUACGUCAUGGACACAGAUGAGCACAAUGCAAUUAAUUCAGCUAGUAUGUUUUUAAGUUUGGAAGAUCUUGACAUAAGUCGAACGAGUACACAACAAGUAUUUAUUUAAAAAGAUGAGUCGUCGCUGCCGCCGCCAGUACCACCACGUCGUCGCAAGAGGCCAUCCAUCGCGAACGAGCGUCCGACAAUACUCGAACGCAAGUACCGAGCUGCGCCUCUGCUUCCUCCCCCUACUGUCCCCCAGAG